AUCUCUCCUUCCCCAUCUUCUCUAUCCCAAACCCUUCUCUCUCUUCUUCAUCAGUUCAAAGUUCAGAUUUAAGUUUUCAAAAAAACCCAAAAAAUGGAUCGUCAAUCAGCAUUCUCCAUAGCAUUCAUCUGCAUAAUCAUCGCUACCGUCGGCGGUCAAUCUCCGGCGUCAUCUCCAACAUCUCCCAUUCCAAAACCACCAACAUCAUCUCCUCCAACCGCUGUCGCCGUUCCUCCAACUCCAGUUGUAUCAUCACCUCCACCUGCAAUAACUCCAAUCGCAUCUCCUCCUCCAACAGUAGUUCAAACACCACCACCUGUAGCAUCUUCACCACCACCGGCGGUAUCUACUCCUCCUCCAUCACCGGCGGUAUCUACUCCUCCUCCAUCACCGGCACCUGUAUCAUCACCACCACCUGCACCACUUGCUUCUCCACCGGCGUUAGUUCCUGUACCUGCACCGAGCAACUCAACUACAUCGCCUGUACCGGCAGUAUCACCAUCGUCGCUUUCUAGUCCUCCAGCUCCUCCUGCUGGAGCUCCUGGACCUAGCGUAGAGCAGACUAUUGCUCCAACACCGCCACCUUCAGCUUCCGAUCAGAGUGGAGUGGAGAAGAUUUGGUCAGUGCAAAAGAUGGGUGGAAGCAUGAUAAUGGGAUUGAUUCUUGUUUGUUUGGUUAAUUAAUUUAGUAAUAUUUUAAUUUGAAUUUAAUCAUGUUAUUAUUAUUAUUAUUAUUGAUAUUUGUACUACUAUAGUCCUUAUUUUUAGGUUGUUUACUUGAGAGGGACUAUAGUAGUAGUUCACUUUUAUAUAUUUUGAGAUUUUGGUGGAUUCUUUUGGAUGGAUAUGAAUGGAGAUUAUUAUUUUUACUUU